AUUAUACACUAUUUUCACUGUUUAUCAUUAAAAUUUUUUCAUUUUAUUUAUCAUUAAUAAAUUGUAUUCUUAAUUCAAAUUAAGUUUUUAUGAAUCAGUAAUUUACUAAAUGUAUUUUUUAAUUAUGUUAUGAUAAAUACUCUUAAUUAGUUAUAGUUAUUUAACUAAUAUACUUUGUAUAAGUAUAUUUUUAAGAUUAGAUUUAAAUAUGGAAAGUAAUUUUCUUACGUUAAAUGAAGAUCCUGUUCAAUUUGAUCCAGCAAGUGUUAGCAAAACGACAAAUGUUUUCUAUGAUGAAGUUACAGAACAAAUAAUAACUGUUCUUUCUGGAGAGAUGACAGAAGUAAUUGUAACAUCUUGUACUCGUUGUAGAGAAAAUAUGAUUUUUAAAAUUGAAGAUUGUGGCCCAGUAUCUUCAAUAAAAAUGUCUAUGAAUCUUAAUAUUUUAACCAUGAUGCGUACAACAUUAUCUAUUGAAUUAAUGGAUGUUAAAGACAGUAAUAUUGGUGCUCCAUAUUUUUUGUACUGUAAAUUUAAAGCUGCAAAACUUUUGGGCUUCAUUUGGACUUGCAAAAAUGAAAUAUUAUUAGUCAGUGACAAGGGAGUCGAAUUAUAUCAGGUUGACGGACAAGGUCCUAAACAACGAACAAUUUUUUUAAAAUCAAUCAGUUUACAUAUAAACUGGUUUAGUUAUUCGCCUUUAAACAAAAUAUUGUUAUUGUCAACUAAUUCUAUUGGGGAUUUUCAACCACUUCACAUUCAUCCUGGAACCAUAACAAAGUUGCCUAAAUUGGAAAUUGAUUUUGAUAACUCAUGUAGUUUACCUAGCCAAGGUAUAAGCGAAAGAAAUAUUGUGUUAACUAAUGUUUAUAGUGUGCUGAGAGUAUUAGUUUUGCCAACAAAUCAAAGUAGAAAUGAAAUAGUCAUUUACACAUUAAACAAAAUGAUGACUUUCAAAAAAAGUCAUAUUUUAAAGCUUAAUUGCAUUGGGAAAAUUUUAGUUAACAUUGUUGACAAUUUGAUCAUUGUACAUAAUCAACACAAUAAGUCAUCUUCUAUAUUUGAUAUAUAUAUGGAAGCAGCAAAAGAAAAUACCAUACCUUGUUAUUUACCAAUUUUGGAAAAUAUUGUUAUUCAAAAAACAUUUUCAAAAGAACAAGAUGUACGUAAAUUAUCUGAUAUUUAUUCUGUCAUAUGUAUUUCAUUUCAGCCAAAUAUUAUAAUUGAUGCUAAAUCUGGAUAUAUGUGGCGUUUAAAUUUAAACUUAGAUGAUAUUUCAAAAUGGAUGAACAAUAAAUGUUCUCUUAUAGAUUUCCUUUUAUUACGAACCACAUCAAAAGAGACCAUAAUGCAGGUUUUGCAAGAAAUAAUUGUAGAAAAAAAAUGUGAUAUGAUAGAAAUAGGAAAUGUUUUUGACCAUUUAAAUAUUGUUUAUAAAAAACAUCUUAACACUCAUGUAAGAGUGAAUAGUUCGUUAUCAAGUGAUUUUAUGAUUGUUGCUGAAUCAUUAAGGUGUAAAGUUGUUGUAGAACAGUUUGAUAUUUAUAAAAAUGUUUUUGUCAAACUAGUUGACCAUUUGGAAAAUAUUAAAAGUGAUAAAAAGUAUGCCGUUUUCAUAUUAAUAGAAUAUAUGAGAUCAUUAACUGAUAACAAAAUUACUAUUGAAUACUUUCUGUAUGAGCUAAUUAUAAACUGUCUUAUAAUGAAUAAAAUGUACUAUCAAUUACAUCAAAUGAUUCAAUAUCAUAUUUUUGUUGAUUCCAAACCAUUGGCUUGUUUAUUAUUAUCACUUGAAACACUUUAUCCUCCUGCCUAUCAAAUUGCUUUAGAUAUGUUACAUAGACUCAAUACAGCUCAUGAAGAAAUUGCUGAAGUUCUAUUAUCAAAAAAAGAAGUCAUUCCUGCUAUAAGAUUUAUGUCUAAAUACAAAAUGCUUGACUACUCAACUUAUAGAAAAUUAACAGAAGUAGCAGUUUCCACUAAUGAUUCUAAAAUUCUUCAUUCUACUAAAGAAGAAUUUCUGAAGACAAUCUAAGGAAUAUGAUUAGGUUUUAAAAUCAAAUUAAAUAUUUUAUACACAAUUGUUAUUCUAUAUAAAUUUUUAGUUAUGUUUGUGUUAUUAUUAUUUUGUAAUAUUUACAAUGUAUUAUAAAAAAUUAAUUGCUUAUAUAAUAAAUAUUUCAUUUUUUUAAUGAUUUUAUUCAAGCAUCAAAAGGUU